GUUCAAGUGAUUCAGUGAGAUGAAAAUGUCGUUUUCUAGUGACCAUGGACCGUGGGAAGGCAAUAAUGGUGCCGAAUUUCCCAAUUAUCCGAACGAAAUAGGGGGUUAUGGCGGUCUAUGGGAUCCACAUCAUUGCCUAGGGAGUCAAAAUCCGGCUCUCAGUGGUUAUCCGGAUAUUCUAACAGCAUUUAAUUCAGAACUAGUAUGGCCGCGACAACAAUGUGGUGGUCUCGUAAGCAACCGACUGGGUCGCAACGGCCCUCAAAGUGGUGGUCAAUCUCAAAAAAAGCCUCGCAGAAGAGUUGCGACUUUGGCUCAAAGGAGAGCAGCCAACAUACGCGAAAGAAGACGAAUGUUUAAUUUGAACGAAGCUUUCGACAAACUGAGAAGAAAAGUGCCAACUUUUGCGUACGAAAAGCGACUUUCACGAAUCGAAACUCUUCGUCUGGCUAUUACCUAUAUCAGUUUCAUGGCUGAGUUACUGCAUGGGCAUCCACCAGACCACAAAAACGCUGACAUGUACGCUCAAAGAGAGUACAUACCAUAUGGAUUGAUAAAUUAAUUCGAACUUAUAAAAACGAGUGCUUCCAGAGAGGUCUUCCAUUUUGAAUUAUUUGUUGUCAGAAGCAAAUUUUGAGUUAAAGAAAAAUCUCCAAAAGAGAGAAUAGAAAGUACGUACUAUGUGUUGAUAAAUUUAGUACUUCAAAUCUGUGAAAACAACAGUGCUUCCAGAGAUCUUUCAAUAUGUACCUACUGUUCUGAAUUGUUCUGAAAUGCAGAUUUUCAGUACACGGAGAG